UCGCGCAUAGAAUAGAUUCAUCCACACGCAUACCUAGCCUCGAUCUUAAACUACAGUGGCUAGUGGGUUUUCUCCGCCGCCAUGGCUCCCCUGCCUCUUCUUCCUCAGGUCCUGGUUCCAGUCCUCGUCCUGCUCUGUCUCUCUCCGGCCUGCGCUGCCCGGAGGGUCUCGGUGGCGGUCUACUACGAGACGCUGUGCCCGUUCUGCUCGGGCUUCGUCGUGAACGACCUUGCCAGGAUCUUCCGGAACGGCCUCUCCUCCAAUGUCGACCUCCGGCUCGUCCCUUUCGGCAAUGGGCGCGUCUCGCCCGACGGAUCCAUGACCUGCCAGCAUGGGGAGGAUGAGUGCCGACUCAACGCCAUACAAGCUUGCGUUAUCAGUGUCUGGCCUGAUGCGGAACGGCAUUUCCCUUUCAUAUAUUGCAUCGAGCAUUUGGUUCUGACUCAGAAAUGGGGCGCGUGGCAGUCAUGCUUUCACGAAGCUGGUCUGGUCUCUCAGCCUGUCUUGGACUGCUACAACUCAGGAUACGGUAGGCAGCUCGAACUCCGGUAUGCGGCAGAGACGAAUGCUCUCCAGCCCCCUCAUAAGUUUGUGCCUUGGGUGGUCGUGAAUGGGAGACCCCUUGGCGAUGUGAGUUGCCGCUUACUUUCAUCGGAGAAACACUUUCCUGAAUUUAUCGGUCUGAUUUGGCGUUACCUGUCAUUCUGCAAGGAUUACACCAAUUUCGAAGCCUACGUUUGCAACGCUUAUGACGGCGAACUUCCAGAGGCAUGCAGGGGAAAGCACCUGCAAAUUGCUCAGCACACAAGAGCAAGCCCAGGACACAAGAGGAAUCCAAGAGAGUUGGCCAUUGUACUUGCUUUUUGCAUCGCUCUCUGGUUCUGAAGCGCUACUUCAUCAAGAUCAACCCAAACUUUCCGGAGACAGGUCAAGAUAGUCCACUAACAAAUACUAGCAGUAGCUGCAUAUAUUGAAACGGGAAAUUGUACAUCCUUUAAAAUAGUUAUUGUUGCUUUCAUUUUACGGAAA